UCAAUUUGUUAUGGGUUUGCCAAAUUUCAUCUUUGAACGAUUGUGUGAAGAAGAUGAAACCCUAACAGUACAAAGUGCAUUAAGAAAGGCUAUGAUUUUGGAAACGAAGCAUAUGGCAAAGGCAGAGGAGAAAAGUCAAUGCACUGUAAAUUUGGUUAACGGUCAGAAAUAUGCAAAAAAUCACUAUGGUGGUGGUGGCAGAGGCAGCACUGGCAGUGGUAAUAGAGAUGGUGGUAGCAGCAGCAGCAGCAAACGUAACAACAAUAGCAGAGACAGCAAGAGCGGCGGUGGCAAGAAAUAUGCAUGUUCUCAUUGUGGUUGGAGAAAUCAUAGUUCUCAGUCUUGCAAAUAUAAAGAGAGCAGAUGUCAUUCGUGUGGAAAAAUUGGUCAUUUGGCAUCGGUCUGCUAUAGUAGGAAAAAGAGUGUAAAUUAUGUAUCGAAUGAAAUUAAUGACGUUGAGAGUGAUGUUCAUGAAUAUAACAAUGUUUUCGAUUAUUCUAUUUUUAGUGUGGCUGAGAAAGAAAAUGGUGAUGUGUAUUCUCUGGAUGUUGUUGUUGAUGGUGUGGAACUGAAGGCAGUGUGUGAUACAGGUGCACCAUGUACGUUGUUGCCGAUUUCAUUUUUGGAAGAGAACGGAAUUAAGAGAAAAUUGAGAUCGUGUAAAGUGCCAUAUGUAGAUUACAAUGGUGUUAAGCUGAAGUUAGCUGGUGAAUAUGAUGCAAGUGUAACGUAUAAAGGUAUGGAUUAGUGGAUACCCUAGUUAGUGACAAUGGGUCACAGUUCACAUCAUCUGAAUUUCAGACAUUUUUAUCCUUAAAUGGAAUUAAGCACAGUUUAACUGCACCCGGACAUCCAUCCACAAAUGGGCAAGCCGAAAAUUUUGUCAAAACGCUUAAAAAAUCUAUCUAUGCAAAUUUGGAUGGUAACAGAGACGCCAAUAUUGAUCAGAUUUUAUGCCGAUUCUUAAUGGACUAUCGAAAUAUGAUCCACUGCAGUACUGGUGAGUCACCGGCAAAAAUAUUUUUCGGGAGAGAGCUCAAGACCCGAUUCAGCAAUCUUAAACCUCCUACCAUAAAAGAAAAAUUAAAGCUUUCGCAAGAGAAAAACAUAAUACAUCAUAAAGGAAAACGCAAUGCAACUUUCCAUGAAGGUCAAAAGGUUAUGGUUCGAGAUUACCGAAAUCCCAAUAAACCCAGUUGGACACAAGCUACAAUCACACAACAACUCGGACCUCAAUCUUACUCGUGUACAUUAAGUCACAAUAAUAACAACAUCAAACGUCAUUUAGACCAAAUCCGAGGCAGUUCUGUACAACAGCUGUCCAACGACAUCACGAUUCCAUCCAACAACAACGACAACAAUGCUAUAGUCACACCUCCAUCAAUAACUGAAGAUACUUCACAAACCACAAGAAAUCUCAGACCUCGAGCAGGAGGAAAAGUCGUUAAAAAAAACUAAAAAAAAUUUAUGUAAAUAUCCAUAUUGUAAAAUUAUUUUGAAUUAAAUAUUUGAAUUUUAAUAUGUAUGAAACAGCUUUAGGAGGAGCAUAUAGAGUAUUGCAUAUAUCAAGUAUAUACUGUAUUUUGUAUUGUAUGCAGAGCCUACUGUAAUAUUACUAUAUAGUACUUGUAUGCAGAGCCUACUGUAAUAUUACUGUUUAGUACUCUUACAUUCUUCCAUUCCCUCUCAUUCGUUGUUUAUUAAAUAUCACUCAAUCACUACUAAUGAGUGUAACAGUAGUGAUUGUUGAACCCUAUUCUCUUUUGUAAACAGAAAAUAAACACAUUACAUUUUGGACUUUGAUC